GAGAAAAAUGCGGUGAGCGUGGAUCGAACACGCGACCUUCAGAUCUUCAGUCUGACGCUCUCCCAACUGAGCUAUCCCCGCGAGUCUGUAAUUUUAUUCACAUCAAGAUUCAACAACCCAAAACCCUAUCAGCUGAUAUCACAACGGAAGAUUCAAAUUUCUCCCCAACCCACAGUUAAGUUCUCAUUGAUUCUUGAUUUUCUUCGUGUGUUUACAAAAAGAAUAAACUCCGAAGCACAGAAGAAAUGGAAAAAUUAGAAAAGACGCUUCAACUUUCAAAUGCCAGUCAUGGAGCAUAUACCAAGAAUAGAUAUGAAAAUUUCCAAAGGAAAACUACCCAACCUGUCGACCAUUGGGCUUUUUUGGAUGAAAUUGAAGCGCCCACAUGGGUUGAUCUUACUCUGGAAUGUGACUCAACUUACCAGGACAAGGAUGAUGAGUGGUUUCACACAAGCCACCAGUUCCAUCAGUAUUCGUCCCGAGAGUUGAUUUCUAUAUUUUCUCAUUCUGGCGAGUGUUGUGCAAACUCAGACUUUGGCUUGCAGGGAACAUGUUCUCCAAAGCUUCCACCAUCAGUCUCAAGAUCAAGAGGCACUCAUUGCAAGAGCAUGGAAUUGGGACAGGGAAAGUGCAGAAUCACAUCAAAUAAGCUUCAUCUGGUUAAAAAUUUAAGCAGCAAAUCAUCAUCUAUGAAUUCAAGAUCUGAUAACGCUAUCAAAGGUAAACUGUCAGAUGAAAAACUAAAAGGGCACGUGAAUUCGAUGUCCGAUUUAGUUGGUGAAAGCAGUUUAACCGAAACUUCUGCACGAGCUGAUCAUGAACCAGUGACUGGUUUCUGUUAUCAAGAAACAUGUUCCAAGUCUUCAGCUUUUAGUCAAGGUGAAAACAAUUCAACGAGCACUAUUACAUCUGAAUCUACGGGACAGAAAUCUAUGGAGGUAUGCAGCCAAAUAUUUGGCAACUCUAGUGGGUUAUUAUCAUCUCUUGGACUGAGUCUUAGGAAAAGUUGUGUUACAAGACAAGCAUUAAGGGUGGAGGUUAAGAAUCAGAUGUCAGAAGGUCAAACAUCUUCUUCAAGUAAAUCCAGUGUUGGGUCCUCUUCAAAUCCUAGUUCUGAUAGGAAGAACCUAACAGUGAGACAGAACAAAGAAGAGAUGAAUAGUCAGAAUGUUACGAGAAUUUCUCAUGCUCCAACUUACAAAAUGAAUAGAUCAUAUAUCUCCAGGGCACAAUACGUUCAAGCUCGGGAUAUGAUUUGUAAGUCUAACCGGGGCAUCAAACUGGAAGCGACGAAAGCAAAGGUUUUGGUUCCUCGUAUAGUCAAUGAACGUGCUCCUCUAUCUAUGGCUAUAACAUCUAAAAAGACAGUACAAGCUGAUCAUUGCAAUAAAACUAAUGGUGGUGGUAAAGAGAAUGUGACUGGAAGUCUAGGUUUGGGUAUGAAAUCAAGCAGAAGAGAGAACAAAGCUGAUCGUGCCAUGUCAGACCAAAAGGUAAUGAAAACAAGACAGCAACAGAAAAGUAGUGGGAAAAACUUGGUUGGCCUGAAGAAGUAAGAGAUCCAACAAAAGGAGCUAAAAUCAAUAUUAUCAGUUAUUAAUAAAUUUUAUUGAAGCUCUGCUGGAGGGGCAAUUAAGAGUAUGAUGGAAUUAGAUGAUGACAACCAAAAUGGUGCCAUUUACUUGAAGUAUUUGGAACGUUUUAUCCCUAUUGGAGACACCUCGAGCAGAUAGCAAGAUAUAGAGCAUGCUUGGCAAAAGAAAAAAAAUAUUGCUUUAGUAUGAGCUGGGGUCCCCGUCCUACAAAUUGUGUGGAGCAAAAUCCAUAAGCCUUAUAAGCUGGAUCCUGCGCUCAUAAGAAAGCAAAUUUCUUUACUAACCAUGCUUAUGGUGAUACUACAAAGAGGAUGAUGAACAGGAUACAUUGAUCAAGUUUAUAAAAUUAGAGACACAAAUAAAUAUAUGGACCAAUUGACUUGUCUGAAUUAAAGUUGAAGAAAUGCAAGGAAUCACAAUAAACUGAUUGGCACAGGAGAUGCGCGUCGUUUAUGUUUUGUGAAACCAUAUAAGAUUUGGUUCAAAGUUCGUGUUCAAUUUU